UAAACCCUUCUGACACGCGACGCCUCCCGCUCUCCGCGCGCGGCGGAAACAUGGCGCUCCGCAGCGAAGAAAUGCACGUUAUCCUGCCGUUUUCGUUUCAACGGUGUCUUGCGUGUCAUGAAGGGCACAAACGAGGCCUGUUGCAGAGACGCAGGCUUGAAGGAUGUCCGAGCAGGAUUUGGUGGAGAUAGUCCAGAUCGCCGUGGCAGAUUUGAAUCAUGAAGGACACCAAACAGAUGUCCUGGAGAACAAUGAAGAGGCUGAUCAACCGGGCAGGAAACGAGCAAGGCUGGACAUUAGCCAAGAAACCUCUAUUAAGGCGAUGCUGGUGUCCAUCAGUCAGGUCAUCUGCCAGCGGCUGGACAGCAUGGAGGCCAAGCUGCAGGUGCUCGAGGACACCUGUCGAGGGUUAGUGGAGAAGCUGGACACAGUGAUGGGGAAGAACCAGUCCACGAUUCAGGUCCCCAUGGUGUCAGGAUCCCCAUUCGGAGCCACUCAGACCUGCGACAAAGUACGCUGUGUUGUUCCUCAUACUAACGUGAUCGUGAGUGGAGACCGGCCGAAGACGAGGGAGGAAACUUCUCCGCGCGCCUCAGACUCUUUAGAGAACCUGCUCAGCAAUACUGUUGGACGAGGAAGACAGAAGACGAUCGUGCUGAAGGUUCCCGUCCAUGAAGAGGUUCAGGAGGAUCAGGAAAGCGGGUCUGAAACCAGUGAUUCGGUGUCUAACAGCGGCCAGCCUUUAUCUCAGAAUACCAACAACGUCACGCUCAUCACUCUCAACUCAGAGGAGGACUAUCCGACAGGAACAUGGCUGGGUGAUGAGAACAACCCUGAGAUGCGCGUGCGCUGUCCGGUGUCUCCAGCAGACAUGCUGCACGUCAGCACUAACUGUCGCACGGCAGAGAAGAUGGCCCUGACACUCCUGGACUACCUGUUCCACCGCGAGGUGCAGGCCGUCUCCAACCUCUCCGGGCAGGGGAAGCACGGCAAGAAACAGCUGGACCCACUCAUGAUCUACGGCAUCCGAUGUCACCUGUUCCACAAGUUCGCGAUUACCGAAUCCGACUGGUAUCGCAUCAAGCAGAGCAUCGACUCCAAGUGUCGCACAGCUUGGCGGCGGAAGCAGCGAGGACAGAGUUUGGCGGUUAAGAGUUUCUCACGACGAACCCCCGCCUCGCAAAGCAGCUCAGAUGGAGUGUCGGCCGCAGAGACGUCGGCUAUCGAGACCUCUACCCAGCAGGCCUUGCACUACGCUCUGGCUGGAGCCGCACAGCAAGUCCAGAUCCACCGUAUAGGAGAAGACGGACAGGUGCAAGUUAUACCACAGGGACACCUCCACAUUGCUCAGGUGCCACAGGGCGAACAGGUGCAGAUCACACAGGACAGCGAGGGCAACCUACAGAUCCACCAAGUACAUGUUGGGCAAGACGGCCAGGUAAAUGUUCUAAGAGGACCGCAGCUCAUCGCAGUGGCGUCGACCGAUGGGACUGGUGGGGUUGACGCGUCUCCUCUCCAGGGUAACGAUAUUCAGGUGCAAUACGUCCAGCUGGGAACAGUGACCGACCACACCGGCGCAGUACAAGCUGAAGCUCUGACUCCAGCGCUACAGGCCGAGAUGGACGUGAAGGAGGCCAUUCAGCUCCAGCAAGCCGAGAACGGAGAGGUGGUCCAGAUCCAGAUGCCAGGCACUUGAGUCGCUCGUGCAAACUUCUCACGUGUGUGUA